AUGAACGUCCUGUUGGUAGUCGUGGAUGAUCUGCGUCCUGUUCUGGGCUGUUACGGAGAUAAGCUUGUGAGAUCUCCAAACAUUGAUCAGCUUGCUGCUCACAGUGUGGUGUUCAGCAAUGCGUAUGCACAGCAAGCCGUGUGUGCUCCCAGUAGAGUGUCAUUUCUUACUGGACGCAGACCUGAUACUACCCGACUGUACGAUUUCUACUCCUACUGGAGAGUACAUGCAGGAAACUAUUCCACGAUGCCCCAGUAUUUCAAGGAGAAUGGCUACGUGACACUGUCUGUGGGGAAAGUUUUUCAUCCUGGGGUUUCAUCCAAUUACAGUGAUGACUAUCCAUACAGCUGGUCCAUUCCACCCUUUCAUCCUUCCACUGAAAAGUAUGAAAAUAAUAAGACUUGUAGGGGAAAAGAUGGGAAACUGUAUGCUAAUUUGGUGUGCCCAGUGAAUGUGACAGAAAUGCCCAGUGGUACUCUGCCUGAUAUUCAGAGCACUGAAGAGGCCAUACGCUUACUGAAUGCUAUGAAAACCAACAAGCAAAAAUUCUUCCUGGCUGUCGGUUACCACAAACCACAUAUCCCACUGAGGUACCCUCAGGAAUUUCUCAAGUUGUACCCCUUGGAAAACAUCACAUUAGCCCCAGAUCCCUGGGUGCCUGAGAAGCUGCCUUCUGUGGCGUACAACCCCUGGACGGAUAUCAGACAGAGGGAUGAUGUGGAAGCGUUAAAUGUUAGUUUCCCUUACGGACCACUGCCAGAUGACUUCCAGCGGCAGAUUCGUCAGAGCUAUUAUGCAGCAGUUUCUUACCUGGAUACACAAGUUGGCCUGCUCCUGAAUGCUUUGGAUGAUGUAGGACUCUCAAAUAGCACAAUAGUAGUUUUUACUGCUGAUCAUGGAUGGUCCCUGGGAGAACAUGGUGAAUGGGCAAAAUACAGCAAUUUUGAUGUUGCUACCCGUGUGCCGCUGAUGUUUUAUGUACCAGGAAUGACAACUUCCUCUGUUAGUCAAGGAGAGAGGGUCUUCCCCUACCUUGACCCUUUUAGCCAUAUUUUGGGCUUAGUACCUCAAGGGCGAAGCAAAAAAGUGGUUGAGCUUGUGUCUCUGUUUUCAACGCUUGCUGAGCUUGCUGGCCUACAGGUUCCUCCUGUGUGCCCAGAGACUUCGUUUCAUGUUGCAGUGUGCACUGAGGGGGCAAGCAUUGUCCGGUAUUUUAAUGCCGCUGAAGAGAAGGAGGGGUGUGAUGACACUUACAGGUGUUUUAUUGAAGAACCUGUUGCUCUCAGCCAAUAUCCCCGGCCUGCAGACACUCCUCAGUGGAACUCUGACAAGCCGAAGCUGAAAGACAUCAGAAUCAUGGGCUAUUCCAUGCGUGCGAUUGACUACAGGUAUACUCUGUGGGUUCGGUUUCAUCCUAACAACUUCAGUGCUGACUUUGAGGAUGUCCAUGCAGGAGAGUUGUACAUGGUGGAGACCGAUCCAAACCAGGAUUAUAACAUCUAUAACAAUACCUCACAUAGUUAUUUUUUCAAAAAAAUUCUUGGCUUCCUGAAGCAUUAGGGUUCAGAAACUUCUUUGUGCGUGUUCCUGCAGCUGAAGUAACACUUCCUUCUUUUUGUAUUAAAUCUUUCUGUUGUACAGAAAACACUUGGAUUUAAUUAAAAUCCUGUUUGU